AUGUUAGGAAUUGGUACUCACGGAUUUAAUAAAAUUGUUUUCUGGAAAUGUGUCGGAUUUAUUAUCAAGGGAUAUAUAGGAAUAAGUAGUGUGGUGUUUGCACAUUCCUCGUCAUUUAUUUGCUGUCAAAACAAAUUAAAUGACCUUCAGCUGAUACCAACUUAUGAAAUCAGCGUAAUUUGGUUAAACUUUUUUCCCCAGGUAAAUAUAAUUAAUUUGCGAAUGGUGUAUUUCAAAGUGCUGAAACUACUUAGAAUUUCAAAACUCUUAUUUGUUGAGAAAUGCGAACGAUUUCCGCCUACCGUUCCGGUCUCCAUGACAACAGCUUAUAGUGUUGACUAUCACAAGAUGGCGGACGAAGAGCCUUCUGCAGCACCUCCUGCCAUUUUGGAGACCAAGAAACGUCGGGCUCCAAAAGCCCCAGACCUUCCCAUUCUGGAGAGGAGAAACUGGCUCAUCCACCAGCUCUACAUUCGCAAAGACUAUGACAACUGUAAGGCCAUCAUCAAAGAGCAGCUGCAGGAGAUUAAUGGAAUGGGUGAAUAUGCUAUUUAUGUUCAAGCGCUAAUCCUGCGUCUCGAAGGGAAGAUCCAAGAGUCCCUGGAGCUAUUUCAAAGCUGUGCCAUCCUUAAUCCUAACAGCACUGACAAUCUGAAGCAAGUGGCCCGAUCACUAUUUCUGCUGGGAAAACACAAAGCAGCAAUUGAAGUGUAUAAUGAUGCCGCUCGGCUCAACGAGAAGGACUGGGAGAUCACGCAUAAUCUGGGAGUGUGCUACUUCUUCAUCAAAGACUACAAAAACGCGGAGGAGUAUCUAAACAUGGCGCUCAAGUUGAACAAAGAUGACAGGUCAUUCAUGAUGCUUGGCAAAGUCCAUUUGAUAAGCGGAGACACUGACAAAGCCAUCGACACAUACAAAAGAGCUGUGGAAGUCUCCCCGGAGAAUACUGAACUCCUCACCACUCUUGGUCUGCUGUAUCUUUCGCUUGGUAAAUACCAAAAAGCUUUUGAGUACCUUGGAAAUGCCCUCACUCUGGACCCCAACAAUUACAAGGCCAUUCUGGCUGCAGGCAGCAUGAUGCAGACACACGGGGACUUUGAUGUGGCCAUGAACAAGUACAGAGUGGCGGCUUGUUCAGUGCCUGAGAGUCCUCCACUUUGGAACAACAUCGGCAUGUGUUUCUUUGGCAAGAAGAAAUACGUUGCUGCCAUCAGUUGUCUGAAACGAGCUCAUUAUUUGUCUCCUUUUGACUGGAAAGUGCUGUACAACCUCGGUCUGGUCCAUCUGACCAUGCAGCAGUACGCUUCUGCCUUCCACUUCUUGAGGGCAGCCGUCAACCUGCACCCGCGGAUGGGCGACCUCUACAUGUUGUUGGCAGUGGCUCUGACCAACCUAGAAGACGUUGAGAAUGCCACCAAAGCUUAUGAACAAGCUGCAUCUCUGGAUGAAUCCAACCCACUAGUAAACCUGAACUUUGCCAUCUUCCUCUACAAUCAUGGGGACAAGAAAGGGGCGCUUGAUCAGUAUCAGGAGAUGGAGAGAAAGGUCAACGUGCUGAGGGAUGGCAAGAGCAGCUUUGAGUUUGAUCCUGAGCUAAUAGAGAUGGCGCAGAAAAUGGGGGCCGCCCUGCAGGUGUCGGAGAGUGUGGUGUGGACAAAACCGUCCAAAGACUCCAAAUCUAAAGCUAAUUCAGGGGGUGACCCGACAGCGCCUGGUGCUCCUCUGGGUACGAACCAAGCUCUGGGUCAGGCCAUGUCAUCGGCUGCCAGCUACAGCAAGAGCAUCAAGCUGCCAGCAGAUCCAGAGGCAGAUGUUGGAGAGAGUCCAGCAUCCGACGAUCCAACCCAGGAAGAAGCUCCGGAGUCGGUGAGCAGCCGACCACAAACCUCCAAGAGAAGAGCCAAAGUGGAAGAAUGAAUCCGCUUGAAAAAAAAACGGUUGUUGUAGAUGAGUUGUUGUGGGUCCCUGAUGCAGAAGUGCUGUUGUGAAGGCAGGGUUUAUUUUCCACUACAAUAUAUCAAUCUGUCAGUCAACUAUUUUGCAAACAACAACAACAACAGAACCACAGUCAAAGCUUGCAGGUGAGACUCAUUUUCUGGGACUGAAGACUUUGUUCCAAUGAACCAGCAAAUCGUUGAUAUGUUUUAAAUGUGCUAACUUGUUAGGUGGCCAAUUCUGUUCCAAAUGCUGGUGAAGUUGGUUCCCCGUAUGGCCGAGGACACUCUUGUUAGUGAGGAGCUAGAGAUUUGUGGCGAGUGUAAAUGAUGGCAAUACUUUUGUAUGCAGAUACAUGUUUCAUAGUAGAGCGCUGUAUUUAUUAAUAAAUGUGGAACUUAUAGCAUC